CACGUACUGUUUGCGCCAUUCACGCGUCUCGCCCCAUGGCUGCUGGAAAGAGAAAUGGAGAGCAGAAGGACAAGCCCAACACCAAGGUGAAGAAGCAAAAGACGCUUCUUACGGUGGAUGAUGCCAAGGCCUUUUUCGAGGAGAACUCGAUCAAGGUUCACAUCCCGGAGGGCAAGGACAUCGACAUCACACCACUCGCUGGGUUCCAGUUUGAUGGCUUCGCGAAGCGGUUGGUGAAGUAUUGUCAGAGUAAGUUUGCCAAGCCCACACCCAUUCAGGCAUGCACUUGGCCAUUGAUCAUGCAGAAGAGCGAUGUCUGCGGCAUCGCGAAGACAGGCAGCGGGAAGACCUUGGCCUUCGCCCUGCCAUACCUCUCCAUGUCAAGGCUGGGGCAGCUGGAGGUCUUCGAGCAGCCCUGCGCCUCGCCACGCUUCGUGGCUAUGGCCCCCACCAGGGAGCUGGCGAUGCAGAUCGCCGAGGUUUGCUCGGAUCUAGUAAAGGCCUUGACAGCCGGAGAUGACGGCCUGUACCCCGUGCAGUGCAUCUACGGGGGCGUCCCUAAGCACGACCAGCGCCAAGCACUCACCGGCACCGGCGUGGACAUGGCGAUUUGCACCCCGGGCCGGCUGCAGGACCUGGUGGACGAAGAGUCCUUAGACCUGAGCUCUGUGCAAUAUCUGGUGCUGGACGAGGCUGACAGGAUGUUGGACAUGGGUUUCAUCGACGUCGUGAAAGCUCUGAUCGGCAAAAUGCCCAAGGCUGGGAAGAGGCAGACCUGCAUGUUCAGUGCCACUUGGCCUGCGACCGUGCAUGCUUUGGCCACGAAGUUCCUCAGUGAGCCCGUGCAUGUUGGCAUUGGCUCCGUUGAUGAGGGCAUGGUGGCCAACACUGCCAUCAGACAACUGGUCGAGGUUAUCAAGAGCGAGAAGGACAAGCCGACUCGCUUGCUUCAGCAUCUCAAGAAGCACUACAGCCCGGAUAAGAAGGUGAUUAUUUUCGGACUUUACAAGAAGGAGACUGCGUGGCUGGAGAAAUUCCUGUGGGAAAAGGGCUACGAGAAGGUGAUUGCCUUGCAGGGAGACAUGUCGCAAGACAAGAGGACACAGGCCAUCACCGACUUCAAGGCAACCGAGAAGUCCUUUGGCAAGUCGAGUUGUCGAGUUGGGUCAAUUCGGGCUGCCAAACUGAGGACGCCUCUCAUUGCCACAGACGUGGCCAGCAGAGGUUUGGAUGUUCAGGAUGUGGAGUUGGUGAUCAACUACACCUUCCCCUUGACCAUCGAGGAUUACGUGCAUCGAAUAGGCCGGACAGGCCGAGCCGGCAAGAAAGGUCUUGCCAUUUGCUUCUUCUGUCCAGACUCCAAAGGUGCCCAGGAUGAGAAGGCGCACGCGGGGGACCUGUGCAAAGUCCUCCGCGACGCCGGGCAGGAGGUGCCGCAGGAGCUGCAGAGCAUUGCGCAGACCUCCGGCGGCAACAAGGCCACCAAGAAGAAGGCUCACCCGCUCUUCGGUGCGCACUUCAAGAGCGCCGAGCAAGUGGCCGCCCUGGAGGCAAAGAAGGUGCACACCACCUUUGACUCAGACGACGAGUGAGGCUGAAAUCGGAACGUCUUGUUAGCCUUGAAGUUCUUUGAGAUUGGCGUCAAGACGGCACGGCUGUGUCACCCCGUCACCCCCGACAGCAGCAACGCGGCAACGCACGGAGUCGCGGAGCGCAAGCCUGUCGAGAGAAGGCGCGAUCCCAGGCUGUGAGGCGAGGCGAGGCGAGGCAGAUUCGCGAUCUAGAUUGCCUCAAGGCCUUCGCGCUCUAGAUUGAUAGAUUGAAU